GUAGCUGAAGGAGCGGAGAUAGGAAUUUAGCACAGUCCUGGUGUAGUGGGAUGUCAGUUAGACGAAAAAAUACAGUUUCAGAACAGAGCGAGAUCAAGAUCGGUUCUUCAUGGAUUCCGGAAACCUCGGCUAAAGCCACUUCGACGAACAAGGGAGAAAAUCAGACGGCUCGAGCAAGUCUAUCCGGAUCAGAAGAAUUUGUGCAACAGACACAAUGCCAAAGGGAACCUGCAUGUUAUGCUUCAAUGAGUGUAAAUAAUGCAAGUAGAGUCGCUGUUGCCAUGGCCACCAAUUCCCGUGUUUAUGAGGAGAAUCUGAUUGGUUUUGAGAGUUGGGUGGCCAGAGAGGCUGCCAAUUCCCACAUGUUUGGAAAAGGUUCGAUGAAUGGCCCAGACCAGUGGUCAAAUGUCUCAUUUAGGAGUCUCUUGAAUGUAAUUGGAUCAACAGGAGAAACGGGGAAUGCCCUCACGCAAAGUAAUUUUGCCACGAGCAGCAGUCCACAAGUUGAGGGAAGACAGUUUACUACAAGCUCUGGAAGUACCUCCCUGCAAGAUCAACACACCAUGCUUGGAGCAAAUUUUGAUGCUCAAGGGAGAAUACUAAACACUGACACUGAUAGUUCACUCGCCUCUGGGCACUUACUCAAUCUCAAUUCACCACCCAGAAUGAUUACCGAUGCAGCUUUGAGGACAAGUACUCCGUGUCAGUGUGAACCUAAAACACCAGAGAAGACAAACAGAGGUGGCCAGCAGGAGCCUGCAAUGAAACAUUCAACAAUAGAUGAAGCACGUACGAGAGAAAAGAACAACAAUAUGAGUGAUGGAGUGAUGCGGCUGCAUGAGAAAGAAAAGUCCCCUCUGGUGAACGAUCAAUUUAGUGAGGUCACUUCAACAGAGUUGCAGGAGAAUCACAAGCUUGGCAAGGGAGACACGGAAGAAGCUGAUUUGCUCAAAACCCCUCAGCAGAAGACUAGGAGGAAAAAGCACAGGCCAAAGGUCAUAGUUGAGGGUAAAAAGAAAAGAGCUCCUAAAUCAAGUGCACAGAAAACUAGUGUUCCUCAGGACACCACGAGAGUCAAGAGGAAGUAUGUUCGGAAAAAUGGUGUUAACAGCCCCUUGGGAGGGGGAUUAGGAACCAAUGGAGCUGAGCCAGAUAAUAAAACUCCUAGUUCUAAUGAAACUUCUUUAAGAAAGAGAAAGCACAGAAGAAGAAAAGGAAUCAGCAACUCUGAAGAUGACACUGAUAAGGAAACCACUAAAACAACAGAAAUACAGGGGGGGCAGCGUACUCGAAGAUCUCUGAAUUUCAACUCAGACGACCCAGUAAGAGAUGGAAACUCCCCAGAUUCCAAUUCAAAUUGCGAAAGGGAAUUGCAAGCUAGUAACUUCAGACCAAAAGAUCGGCCAGAAACAGAACAGCAUCCCCAGAGCCCCUUGCUAAACACACUAAAGGAAAACCACAUGCCAACAGAUCAAAGUGUGUCUUCCAUAGGGAAAUGCCAAAUAGUAUUCUCAGACGUUACACGUGAUAAAGAGGCUAAUACUAUUCAAGUGGGCAUGAAUCCUGAUGGCCAAUUGACACCAAAAAGCCCUAGUGACUCCAUCAACAGCAGCACAUGUUUAAAAAGACAUAACAUGGAUAAAAAUGUGGAAGCAGCACUUUGCAACAGAAACGAAUCAGGAACAUCAUAUAAUUCUCUGCAGGCGUACCUUUCUACUUUAACACAGAAAGCAGAUGCUGGCACACCUGGAUUACAUUUUCCAGCUAUCUAUAAGAAAAAGAGGACAGAGAAGAUAUACAGUACAGUAACAUACAGCAUGCAGAUUGCAGAGUACUCAAACAUUGGUGGGAAACUUGCAAGACAAACUCUCAGAGAUUCUUGCAACAAAACGUUUAUUCCAUCAUCUAAUCAGGGAUCUUAUGGUUCCCAAAGUCAGGUUAUUAAUCUGCAAACAGCUAAAUAUGCAACUGAUGGUAGGCAAAUUUAUGAAGAUCUGUUAGCUUUGGAACCCACGCAAAGGAUUAAGAGAAGAAGAUCAAAAGCCCCUACUUGUCAGAGGAAUGUAGCUUCACCAAUGGAAAACUGUAAACAGUGGCUAAAUUUUUCAAGCAAAGCAGCAACAGUUUCUAGAACUCCACAAAAUAUUGAAAGUCUCAACGAACCAUUUACAUGCAUUGAAGCCCUUGUGGCCAACAACCGAUCAACAAUGGCAACCAAGAAGCGGUCAAAGAAAAGCAUCCUUAUCAAUUCAACAGUGCAAAAUUUGUAUAAUCACCAAAACUCCGCUGGCACUUCAAUGGGACCACCACCGGCUCUAACAUGGAAAAACAUGUCUCUAGUUGAUUCACUCGCUGAUAAACUCAGCCAAGUAGACCUAAAUGUUGAAAGCAGCAUAACAGCAGAAAAGUAUAAUGCAUUUUUCAGAAAAUAUUAUAAAGAGCAUUAUGCUCUUGUUCCAUAUCAAAAUUCUGGAGCUGUUGUCCCUUUUGAUGCUUCAUUUGAUCAAGUGAGAAGAAGAAAACCACGGGCUAAAGUUGACCUUGAUGAUGAGACAACAAGAGUGUGGAAACUUUUGUUAGAAAAUAUAAACAGUGAAGGCAUCAAUGGGACCAAUGAAGAAAAUACAAAAUGGUGGGAGGAAGAACGAAGAGUAUUCAUUGGAAGAGCAGAUUCAUUCAUUGCACGCAUGCAUCUUGUACAAGGAGACAGGCGCUUUUCUCCAUGGAAGGGAUCAGUUGUUGACUCAGUAGUUGGUGUUUUCCUAACUCAGAAUGUUUCAGAUCAUCUUUCCAGCUCCGCCUUUAUGUCACUUGCUGCUACAUUCCCUGCUAGGCCAAGCAUCCACUCAGCAGAACUACGUAAUGAUAGAUCAGAUGGCGCAACCAAUGAGACUGAGGUCUGUGCACUUGAAUCUGAAGGGAACAUCGUGUUGACCAAAGAGAUCUUAAAUAAGACAGUCUGCAGUGAUGAUACUAAAACACUUCAAGAUUUUGAAGAAAGCAGUAUUAGGGAAGCGAACAGUGUGAUACCCUCUCUAAAUGCGUCAGGCAAUGACAGUUCUGUACAGGGUAACUUCCGAGGGCAAGCAGCAAAUACUUCUCUUGCUCCAGUUAUUUCCUGUGAAAAAAUUAUAGUAAACAGAUCUGUCUGUUUGAACAAGGAUGGUAGAGACACAGAAGACACCCUUUUCUCUCAGACGCUGGAGAUUUCUUCUCAUAACUCCGCAGUUUCCCCAAUAGCAGCACAAACCACAGGAAAAAGUGAUUCUUGCUUAUUUAGCACCUCAGAAGAAGAGCCGGCAGCUAGGGUUAAACCAAAUUGUCUGACUAGCCCAACAUCUUUCACAAAGCUUCUAGAGAUUGCGGAAAAUGUAUUACAGGGGAUUCAUGGAGAAGGCAGUGAAAAAAGAAAUCCCAAUGGAAGAUGCUAUAUACCAUCAGAAAGCUUGCCUUGCAGCUUGCAGAAUGAAGAUUAUUUAGGAAACUCUACUGUACCUGCUAAAACUAUUGCAUCGUGUAAUAAGACGUCUUUGUAUCAUGUUCCAGUUUUGGGAGCACAAUCACCAGGCUUUGACUUGUAUCAGAAAAACAGUAAGUUCUCAGAUAGUUCCAGCGAGAAAGAACUUUGUACAGGUGAAAUAAGUGAACAGUCUUCAGAAUCAGCAUCAGGAACAUCUCGGAAGUCAACAACUAUUGAAUUUGGGGUUCCAAAUCUUCCCAGUUCAAUUGCUCACUCAAGCAGCAACCAGCAAAUUGAGAUAAAUCAAAUGAAAGUUGACAAACAAAGAGGCCAAGCACUAGCACAGAAGAAGAUGCAGGAGGGUUCAGAAAAAAACACCCAUCAAAAUCUGAUGGAUGCUACAGCUAGUAGUACCAACAUUGACAGUGUAAAACACUCAGAGCAUAAGGAAGUAAGCUCAAAUAAGAAUGGCCUCAAUAGCCAUCCUGAGCAAACGAUUAAUGGACCCAAUUCAAUAGGUGAAAGAAUCAGUAAAGAAAAGGAGAUCAAAGUUGAUUGGGAUCAAUUAAGAAAGCAGGCACUCUUUGGUGGACGAAAAAGAGAAAGAACAGACUGUACCUUGGACUCGGUGGAUUGGGAUGCCAUUCGAUGUGCAGAUGUUAACGAGAUCGCUCAAACUAUUAAAGAAAGGGGAAUGAACAAUAUGCUGGCAGAAAGAAUCAAGGAUUUCCUCAACCGCCUAGUUAGAGACCAUGGAAGUAUUGAUCUGGAAUGGCUUAGGGAUGUUCCACCAGAUAAAGCAAAAGAGUACCUAUUGAGCGUAAGAGGUUUGGGUUUGAAGAGUGUGGAGUGUGUACGGCUUUUGACCCUUCAUCACCUUGCCUUUCCAGUAAGUCUUACCUCAUUUACAAUGCCUUGCUCAAAGAAAAAAAUAUUAUUAACUGUAUCUGCAACAAUUGAAAAGGUCGACACCAAUGUUGGCCGUAUAGCAGUACGAUUAGGGUGGGUUCCUCUUCGACCAUUGCCUGAGUCACUUCAGCUACAUCUACUAGAACUGUACCCUAUAUUGGAGUCAAUUCAGAAAUAUCUGUGGCCCAGGCUCUGCAAGCUUGAUCAAAAAACACUAUAUGAACUACAUUAUCAAAUGAUCACUUUUGGAAAGGUAUUUUGCACAAAGAACAGGCCAAAUUGCAAUGCAUGUCCAAUGAGGGGAGAAUGCAGGCACUUUGCAAGUGCAUAUGCAAGUGCAAGACUUGCUCUCCCAGCACCACAGGACAAAAGCAUCGUGUGUACAGCUGAAGAUAAGAAAGCUGAUCAAAAUCCAGUCAGAAUAGGAAACUUGCAGUUGACAUCUCCUCAAACUGAAGAAAUGGAUCCUAGAUCUAGAGUAAGCAACUCUAUGCCCAUCAUUGAAGAACCACAAACACCAGAGCCUAUUGUCGAAGUUCCCACCACACCAGAACCAGAUGAUAUGCAAGAUCCAGAAUGUGAUAUUGAGAGUGCUUUUGGUGAAGAUCCUGAUGAGAUCCCCACCAUCCAACUGAACAUGGAAGAGUUCACUCACAACUUGCAGACAAUCAUGCAGCAAAAUACAGAACUGCAGGAAGGAGAGAUGUCAAAGGCCUUAGUAGCUUUAACUUCAGAAGCUGCUUCAAUACCAGUGCCAAAGCUUAAAAAUGUUAGCCGGCUCCGAACAGAGCAUCAAGUCUAUGAGCUUCCAGAUUCGCAUCCACUGCUAGAAGGGAUGGAUAAACGGGAACCUGACGAUCCUUGUCCCUACCUUCUUGCUAUAUGGACCCCAGGUGAAACAAUGGAUUCUAUUGAACCACCCGAGAGAAGAUGCAGCUCCCAAGAACUCGAGAAGCUCUGCACAGAUGAAACCUGUGCAUCAUGCAAUUGCACACGAGAAGCAAAUUCUCAAACUGUUAGGGGAACUCUUCUGAUACCAUGCAGAACAGCCAUGCGAGGAAGCUUUCCACUAAAUGGAACAUAUUUUCAAGUAAAUGAGGUAUUUUCUGACCAUGAAAGCAGCCUAUCCCCAAUGGAUAUACCAAGAAAGUGGUUAUGGAACUUGCCAAGGCGAACAGUGUACUUUGGAACAUCAAUACCGACUAUUUUUAAAGGUCUGUCCACGGAGGGAAUCCAGUACUGCUUCUGGAGAGGGUUUGUCUGUGUUAGGGGCUUUGACAGGAAAACUAGAGCUCCUCGUCCCCUGAUUGCCAGAUUGCACUUCCCUGCCAGCAAGCUAGCCAAAGGGAAAGGGAAGACAGAUGAGAGCUAGGCAUAGACAGCAGUUAGUUAGGCCAUGGUUGAACAGUGAGCAGCUAAGAGCAAAUAGCAUGGUGGAUUUUCCUGUAUCAUAUAAAUGAAUAUCUAGGUUGUACACAUUGCAAAUUAUCUCAUUUUAUUACCAACUACUGAAUCUUGGCAUCUUGUAGGGAUCUAGGAACUGCCAUUUCAUUUCAUUUGUUGCUUGAAAUAAGAUUAAUUGCGAUUUGAACAA